UGGGUUUUGGAAAUACAGAAGAAGGAAAAGAAAGAGAAAAUAUCUUCCCUUUUUCCUCUCUCUCUCUCUCUCCUGUUUUCCUAUCUUCUUAUUCAUUUUUCUGAGACUAAUUCUUGAAUUCUGGUUUACCUUCUUCUUGUUUUUAUUUGCCCGUGUAAAGUUGAAAUCGUAAUGGUAAAAUUAUCGCCAAAUUAUGUUCUCCUAUUUGAAGUUGCUGCGAUGACUGUUUUUAACAACAAGAUGAAACUAUUAACAACAACAGCUAUGAGUGUGACCAUCUAAUUUUGUUAUCUAUUAUUCAAAUUGAAUCACCAAAAUCUUCCAAAAUUUUGUGUGGACUCUGAUUCAGGAAUAACACAGCCAACACCAAGAGCCACACUGCUCUUCUACUUCUCUUUAUUUACUUCUCUCUCUGCCUUUUCAUUUCUCUUUCUUUUAUUCUUUCUUUUCCGUCUGCUCUUUCUUUUUUCUUCUGUCUAUUUUUCCCUUUCUCCCGCUGUCUUUUCUCUGUCUAUUUUUCCCUCUUUUUCUGAUUUUUCAAGAUCUUCUUUUUUCUAAUUUUCUCAUUUUACUAUCAGAUUUAAAUUUACUUAUUGACUGGACAACCUUAAGAAAACCUAAAAAUUUAAUAAUUUGCGAUUGUGUUAUUAUUUGCUUCCUCGUAUUCCUUUGCAAACUCCUAUCUUUAUUCAUCUCUUAUAUCACACAACUCAAGAUUGAUAUUGUGGAAGAUCAACAACAUACUCCUGUUUCUACUUCUAUCUCUGUCUUUAUCUAUUUAUUGUUUGUGGUUAUGUAUUUGUUUUUUUGUGUCCAAUACAAUCCAUGGUUUCACAGAAAAGAUCUAACGAUCUAAUUUAACCAUCAUCUUCACAAUUACUUUGAGAUCAAGCUCAGUGUCAUUUGAGCUUGCAAAGACAAUCACAGUUGCAGCCUUGUUUUCAUUUUUUUUGUUGACAAGCCUUCCACACUAUAAAGCUCCUUGGGCCUCAAGAUGACAGAUACCCGUCGCCGGGUUAAACUCUACACUUUGAAUGCUGAUCGUCAGUGGGAUGAUAAAGGAACUGGUCAUGUUUCAUCUUUAUAUGUUGACCGUUUGAAAGGAAUGUCCCUUUUAGUAAGAGCCGAGUCGGAUGGAUCUCUUCUCCUCGAAUCUAAAAUUCAACCUGAUACCGCUUAUCAAAAGCAACAGGACACUUUAAUUGUUUGGUCGGAAGGUGACAAUUAUGACUUGGCCCUUAGUUUUCAAGAGAAGGUUGGAUGUGAUGAGAUAUGGGCUAAAAUAUGUUCGAUCCAGGGUAAAGAUCCAUCCGUGGAUCAAACUCAGGAAACUAUGGAAGAGGAAGAUGAAAGAUUCGAAGAAGCAUCUGAUGCCAUAGAAUUGCCUCCUUGUGAAGUCGACAAGCUUGAAGAAUUAAACGAACUCAUUGCCAGUUGCCUUGUCCAUCCAAUGAAAAGAGAAAGACUAGCCUUGGCCCUCGAGACCGAAGAUUAUAUUAAAAAGCUUCUUAAACUUUUUCAUCAGUGCGAGGAUUCUCAAAAUGUGAAAGCUCUUCAUAAAUUACAUGAAAUUUUUAAGAACGUAUUCUUGCUCAACAAGAAUCCACUUUUUGAAGUUAUGUUAGGAGAAGAGACACUUUUCGACGUGAUCGGUGUUUUUGAAUAUGAUCCCAACCAACCCCAACCUAAACGUCAUAGGGAUUACCUUAAAUCAGUUUCCCGGUUCAAAGAGGUAAUACCGUUUGGAAAUGCUGAACUAAUCAACAAGAUUCAUCAAACAUAUAGAGUGCAAUAUAUCCAAGACGUUGUCCUACCGACGCCAACAGUUUUCGAAGAAAAUAUGCUAUCCACCCUUAGUUCUUUUAUAUUCUUCAAUAAGGUUGAAAUCGUUUCAUUAAUACAAGAGGAUGAUAAGUUUUUACGUGAACUGUUCGCUCAAAUAACUGACGAAUCUACGGAUGUAGAUAAAAGAAAAGACCUCGUACUUUUCCUUAAAGAAUUUUGUACAUUUUCUCAAACAUUACAACCCCAAGCAAGGGAGAACUUCUUCAAAGCCCUUUCAACCUUAGGUGUAUUACAAACAUUAGAAGUUACAUUAUCUAUGGAUAACAUUGCGAUUCGAUCAGCGUCAGUUGAUAUAUUGACCUAUGUUAUUGAAUUUAGUCCAUCUAUGGUGCGAGAAUAUGCUCUUAAACAAGCAGCAUCAAACUGUGAUGAGGAUCAAUACAUCAUCAAUAUAAUGAUCGAUCAAAUGAUCUGUGACCCUGACCCUACUCUGGGAAUGGCAGUUCAACUAUCAUGUAUAUUGCGUUUACUUUUGGAUCCCGAGAACAUGAUCACGGCAUCAGCUGUCAAUAAAUCAGAGAAGAACGAUUUUCUUAUCUAUUUUUACAAGCACUGUAUGCAUGUUUUGGUUGCUCCUGUGCUAGCAAAUACAGCGGAAGAUAGACCGAGCAGAGAGGAUAGUAGAAUGGCUCAGCUUCUUAGUUUAAUUCUUGAAUUAAUGUCCUUCUGUGUCGAGCAUCAUCUGUAUCAUAUUAGAAAUUAUAUAAUUCAACGAGACCUAUUGGAAAGAAUAUUGGUCCUCAUGAUGUCAAGGCACACAUUCCUGGUGCUCAGUGCACUUCGAUUCCUGCGCAAAAUCAUCGGCUUAAAAGAUGAAUUUUAUAAUAGACAUAUAAUUAACUCUAAUCUAUUUGCACCGGUUGUUGAGGCCUUCAAACGAAAUAACGGACGUUAUAACCUUCUCGAUUCUGCAAUAAUCGAAGUAUUUGAAUUCAUUAGAACUGAAGAGAUCAAAUCACUUUGUUUUUACGUUGUGGAAGUGUUCGGUAAAUAUCUUGAUAAAAUCGAUUACGUUGGAACAUUCAAAGCAUUGCGGCAACAAUAUGACCAAUUUCAGGAUAAAUUUAAGGAUAGAAAUUCUUUAGAAAGCUCACCCGUUAUAUUGAGAAACGAAAGAUUUAGGCGUGAUCCACGUCAAUUAGAUGAAGAUGAAGAAAUGUGGUUUAACAAUGAAGACGAGGACGUCGAUGGCAUCGAUAAUAAUUUGGAUGGAUCAUUAAGCUAUAAAUUAGAAGCGGAAUUUGAUCAGUUUAAUAAGAAAAUAUCUGAAAGAAAAUCAAAUUUAGGUUUAUCUUACGCGGACCUAGAAAAUGUUAAAAAAUAUAACGAUCUUGAUAAUGUUAAAACUCUACCCUUAAAUAGAGCAACGAGUCCUCGCAGGACAACACCUUUAACUGCCUCUCAAAAAUCUCCUAGUUUACCUCAUGUGGAAGUUCAAACAACUCGUAAGGGAGGCUUGGUGGACUAUCCCGACGAGGAUUCAGAUGAAGAAGACAAUGGGGAUGAGGGAAACAUGAAUCAUACUAAAAGAGCCAGAAUAAGCUCCUAGUAAAUAAUAACCCUGUUCAUUCACUUCACUUCAUAUACAUUAAUAAAGCCCAUAUACAUUAAUUAAUCUCCUUUUAAUAAGCCAGAAACUCAAAAAUACCACCAAAAACAUUGCGAAGAGGAAAUGAAGAUGCAAGUUGAACACAAAAAUGAUAUACAACUCUUUUCACAUGGAAACCAGCUAAAACAAAAAAGAGACUUUAUUUAUAUCUAUGGCGCUGAUUAAUCGCGAUUCUCAUGACUCCAUCAUUGCUAUUGCUUUUACAUUUGUAAAUUUGCAGUUAUAAUCAGCGCAGUCAGUCGGUCAGAAAUCAAAUCAAAUCUUUCUUGUUUUAUCGCGAGUUUACAGUUGACAUCUGAGAACAAAUCUUUUGUUGACAUUCACAAUCAUGGAAAAACGAUAUAGAUUUAAUUUUUGUAAGCGUUUUUGUAAGAUUCAAGGAACGUCAAUUAACCUUAAAUUACCUGGAAAAUGGUUUUUCUGGAAUCUUACGAUUCGAUACGAUCUUGGAUUAACAACAUCAAUUAAUCAUUGGAUUCGAGAUCAAUUAUAAAAGUCGUGACUGGUUCUUGUUACCUCAACAAAUGCUUUCCACCUUCGAUUGAGACUGAAGCCUCACAAAAAUGCGGAUUUAAUUCUCUCAAAUCAACUAAUUGAAUCAUUCGCUGGUAUAUUUUAGCUGUUGGAGGCUUUAUUCAAGAUUUCUGGUUUCUCGGCUAACCCAUACCUUUAUAACACAUGUAUACUAAAGUCUUAGUUUUGUCUGCUGUACUCACUGAGCAUCUCGGUUUCAAAUUGAAAUUAUACAAAAUUAAGCUAACUUCAUAAAGAUUUUGAAUCAAA